UGAACAGAGUGGAUUGUUGAUAGCUACUUUCGCGAAGUUGCUGUUAUUUUUACUGUCAGUGUUUCUCUUCUGCUACUAUUGGAAGUUUGUGACUAUCAUAACGACAAGAGAAAAAAAAGAGAUAGACAGGGAAACGUGAAAUAAGCAAACAAUCAUUUGAAGUAUCUGUUUUCGGGAAGAAAAAUUGCGCACAAUCCAGCGUCAGCAUCGGAAAAGGGAUACACAGCCGAGAUAGUCGGACGAUUUAAGUGAAGGUGAAAGAUUAUCUGAAAAGCUAGAAGGUGCCUGACCGUAGUGCGCUCCAGUGUGAGAUGAAUUUGCCUGCCUGAUAACUGCUUUGCUGUCAGACUAAGAAAGGAAUAAAAUAUUUGAAGAAACCGAGCGCCGCCGCCCGCUCAAGUGAACGUUGGACCGAUUGGAAACUGUACGGACCGUUUAAACGCAUGCCCCGUGAGAGUCGUUCGAAGAUAAACAAAGUUACGAAUGAAAGGUGAAACAAUCUGUUUAAACUGACUCUAUAGCGUAUUAACUUUAGGCCGCUGCAAGCGAAAGUACGCAAUUAAAAAAACUUUUAGCUAAGUUAUUUAUUUGAGAAACAAAAAAGUGUGACAGCUUUUAAUUGAAAAGAGAAAAAAAAACUACCAGCAAAAAUGGCCCAAGAAAUGAUGUUCUACCCGAAGGAGACGACUCCACAGACCGUUCCGGCCGGUGAUUACACAUCAGACUUCUUUGCCUCAUACGCGGAGUUGUUUGAUCUUUCGCUGUUGACACAGAGUGAUGGUGAAGUGCCUUUGAGUCCACAGUCCCAGCAGCAGCGUCAACAGCUUCUUCAGCAGCAGCAGGAAACAGUGGUUCAAUCCGAAGUCAACGAAUCGCUUGAAUACAUACCGGCAACAAUUUUCCACGAUGUCCCAGCUUCGAUGCAGGAAACGCUGCAACAAAUGAAACAGGAGAAACCAACGUCUUGGACCGAGAGCCUGGAGGAAUCAUCGCUGAAAUCUGCCCUGCUGGAACAGUUGCAGGCUGGACCCCAAUAUCAGUACUACACAAGUACUUUGCUCAGUCCACCCCAGGAGAGGUACGCGGUUUUUCCACCGUCCCCAACGCCCUCCAUUCAGGAUUUCCAGAGUCUCAGCAUUCCGCAAACAGUGUCCUCCGGUAAUUUUGUUACCAUUAAGCAGGAGUUCUGCUCGCUGCCUCCAUCACCGCCGGACUCAAACGGGGCACCUUCUCCGGUGCACUGCAGUGAGAUCAAAACGGAAUUCGACGCCGAACCGUCCAUCGAUAUUGAUUCCCUGCUGGGCUCACCGAGGCAGCCGGAGGAAGAACUGCUGCCAAUAAAGCAGGAGUUCCAGAUAUUGCGCGAGCACCUCCAGGAUACCAGCUUUCAGCGUAAGCACAAUCUGAAACCGGUUGAGCUGGAGUCGCUGAUCGGCGGUCUCACGACACGUGCCGACAUCGGCUCGGUCUUUGAACUUGCCCUGCAGGAGGUGCAGGAUGGCAUUCAGGCAACUUGCAACGUUCUUGGCAUUUCGCCAGAUCCUCGUCAGUGGUCAACCGGCCAGGUCAAACAGUGGCUGGAGCUAGCGAUGACCAAGUACAAUCUGGCCCCGCCGGCCAACAUCGGAGUAAUCUUUCCCGAGAGCGGUGAACAGCUGGCGCGGCUUUCAAUGGACGAAUUCGUACGGCGCAUUCCGCAGGGAGGUGACAAACUGCACGGACAUCUCGAGCUAUGGAAGCAGAUCUACCGCUCGACGAUCGUUCCCGGUGUGCCGCUGGGUAAUAUAGCAUCGGAGGUUGCCAAUUCCUCAACCAAGGAUUCGAACUCUUUCGAUACGGAAUCGCUCAGUGGGGACAAUAGCGACGACGACGACGAAGACAUGCCACUCGAAAGUACCCCACCGGGUGGCGCGAUGCCCCCCGCAGCGACCCCGUCAAAUGCCGCCGGUCCGUCUGGCAGCGGCUCGAGUAAACCCCGCCAGGGUGGAUCCCACAUCCAUCUGUGGCAGUUCCUGAAGGAGCUGCUCGCAGCACCCGAUCAGCACCAGAGCGCAAUCCGUUGGAUCGAUCGCAGCAAGGGCGUAUUCAAGAUUGAAGAUUCGGUUCGCGUGGCGCGUCUGUGGGGCCGCCGCAAGAAUAGGCCGGCCAUGAACUACGACAAACUAUCACGAUCGAUUCGACAGUACUACAAAAAGGGAAUCAUGCAGAAAACCGAACGUUCCCAGCGGUUGGUCUAUCAGUUCUGCCAUCCGUACUCACUGUAAGCGCUUCGGGACUCCAAGGGAUUGGAAGGGUGUUUGUAUCGUAUCGUGUGCAAGAGAAGAAACGCGCAGGUACCGCGCAGAACGAUCGCGUCUGUUUGUUUGUUUACGUUAAGCUAUUUUAAGUUAUUUACCAACGGUCUGAUUGCGCGACUGAGUGAAAGGUAAUGUUUGCGAAGAAAAUCUCUGUUCUGUAGAAAGUUUUCGGACUCACGCCCCGGUCGGAAGCCGAAGAUAAACAUUCGGCUUCGAACUUGGCUUGCGAUCGCUCGUUUAUUUUCCACGAAACAAUCAAGAUUUCCGUGUGCCAGUGUUUUCGGUAGUAAUGUAAGUCAUAAGUACCCAGAAAUCACUCUUUUGUAUUAUCGUACCAAGCUCCGCCCGGCGGCAAGUGGUAUUAACUUGUCCCGCGGAUGAUAAUAUUCUUAAAAUGAUGUGAUUUACAACUCACACGCAGCCGCAGGUUUACAGCAGCUUGCGAGGCCUUGUUUGUCAAGUUCGUUAGUAUGACGAAAACUAGUCAACAGGCUUGAAUCUCUAACGCCAGGAAUCUCGAACGUUAUGUUCACAGGCGGCAGAACGGCUGAACCCAGUUACACUAAGAAUCAAGCUUAGCUUAGCUUACUUGGCAGAAGGUAAUUUCUUCCGGGUAACGAGGACGCUUUCCUAAGAAGCAAACUAAGAACGACGCUCAGAUCGAAGUGUGGUUACAGGUUUCAGCACGUUCAGCAAACGGAAUCGAAUAUAACAUAGAGAUCUGAACUUUUGAAGUUUUUUUGCUGUAUUUCUUACCGCGUGAUCUAACUGCAACGGUUCUCCAGAACCUCAUCAGCAGGUGGUAAGCGAGUGGCCGCAGAUUAGACACCGGUAAUUUUGGUCCCAUAUAUCUAUGAUAUAUUUUUAUUGUAAGUUCUAUGAACGAUACAAUUAAGAUGAUAUUUUUUCCGGAUAGAAUACAUCGAUUUCUUUUAUUGUAUUUAAACUAGAAUUUAAGACAAAUGCUAGAAUUGUUAAGAUUGUACAUACGACAUUAUUAGGCUAUCGUUGCAAUAUAUCGCACUUUACGCGUCGAUCGCACCGCUGCAGAAUGCGGAUCGACCGGAAGAGUUUCUUUGUUCUUGUAUUUAUUUUCGUUUAUGUAAGUAAAUCCGUAGGAAAAAAGUCUUCGAUGAGAAACCAGAGCUCACUUUCUCAGCGAAGACUUUUCGAACGUUAGAAUCCCACAAACAAAAACACUCAUUAACUGUUUAGUAGCCUAAGCGUUAAGAUUGUACUAUGGUUUUACAAUUUUUUCCUUUACCUAAUGUAUUAUGUGAACAAUAAUGUAGUCUUUAAAAAACGGUGGCAGGGUAUGUAUUAGAUGGUGAAUCAAAACAAAAUCGAUUGCAAGAUUUUAAAAAAACGUAGCUGUAAGCACUCCAAAAACCAUUAACCAAUUGUGAUCUAAGUGCCUUAAAGAUAUUCGAUAAUUCUUUUCAGCUUUCGUUGUAACCUACUAUUUCACAUCGAUAACAUUAAAAAUGUUGCCGAGUUUCAUAUCUACUGCUUGAAGUUGUGCAGUUCAUUUCGUUCUUAUAAAAUCUUAGAUAUUAAACUAAAUACUUAUGAUUAGAAUACUGUUUCACAUUGCUAAGAGAUGUAUAAGCUUUUAAAUUACGUUAAAUAAAGGGUCUAACCAAACAAC